UCCGCUUCCUCCCAUUCGUGGAUAAGCCUUUUCGUUCGCUCUCUCUCUCUCUCUCUCUCUAAAAUCGAAUUUUCUCGAACCGAUUCGAAGAGGAUCAAAACCCUAACCCGCUCAUCGCCCAACAAUGGCGAUUUUGGCGCCGAAUUUGUGCGUCCUCCACCGCGAGCUCUGGAGCAGGGAUGAGCACGGAGCGGCGCACCAAUCCAACGGCGCGGGGUGCUCCGCGGGGCCGUCGAACGGCGGAGGAUUGGUCGGGGUGAGCAAGGAGGGGGGGAGGUGGUGGAGGAGGAGGAGGAGGAUGGGGAUGGGGGGAUGGAGAUCCGGGGAGGGGAUGAGGGCGGGGGCGUUUUGGCAGGACGUGUCGCGGCCCGCGUCGGUGGAGAUGGAGGCCAUUAAUGGCGUCGAGGAGCUCGACGAGGUGCUCCGCCGCUCCAAGGAGCUCGCUCAACCCAUCGUCAUCGACUGGAUGGCUGCUUGGUGUCGAAAAUGCAUCUAUUUGAAGCCCAAAUUAGAGAAGCUUGCGGCGGAAUUUUAUCCAAGAGUUAAGUUUUACGUCGUGGAUGUUAAUAAAGUUCCUCAAGCCUUGGUAAAACGAGGAAAUAUUUCGAAAAUGCCUACAAUUCAGAUAUGGAAGGAUGGAGAAUGGAAAGAUGAGGUGAUUGGAGGACAUAAAGCAUGGCUUGUAAUUGAUGAGGUCAGAGAAAUGAUCAAGAAGCAUAUGUGAGAUAGGAAGGUCACUUAUAAGCCAUUAUUUUAAUUUUUUUUUUUUCUUAUUUUUUUCGGUAAAAAAACGUACAGAAAUUACUUGAACUAUAAUCCCUAUUUUGAAUCGGCUAUCUAACUUUUUAGAAUUUUGAUUUUA